AUGUCGACCGUCGCCGAAAACCCUACCUCCCCCAACGCAAUUCCUGUCCGCUACAGCUCUGCUGGUGUCUCCAAUGGCGUCCAGCAUCAGCCGUCCAAAUCCGUCCUCAAACCUCUCCCGGAGGACACGUGGAUUUCGUCCAAGCACCACUCGCUGCCGCCUGCGCUGGGCCCGCCUCUAGCUUUGGCCGAUCACACAAACAGCCCGCGGCGCAGGCAUUCCAAGAAGGCAUCCGCGUCAGAAAACUUCAUAUCUCGCAGGACAAUGGGAGAAUCAACUGAUCAGAAAGAGAAAAUCAUCCUAGGACCUUACGACUAUCUGUUUUCACAUCCUGGCAAGGAUAUCAGGUCCGCGCUGAUUAAUGCCUUCAAUGCCUUCCUUCAUGUACCACCCGGGUCUCUGGAGGUUAUCCGAAAAGUGGUCGGCAUGCUGCACACGUCGUCGCUUUUGAUUGACGACGUGCAAGACAGCAGCAUUCUGCGAAGAGGCAUUCCCGUGGCGCACAACAUCUUUGGCACUGCCCAGACUAUCAACAGCGCCAACUACGUCUACUUCCUCGCCCUGCAGGAACUUCAACAUCUGGAGAACAAGGAAGACGCCAUUGAGAUCUUUACUAGCGAGAUGCUCAACCUCCACCGCGGUCAAGGGAUGGAUCUCUACUGGCGCGAUACUCUGACGUGUCCCACGGAGGAUGACUACCUCGAGAUGGUGCAGAACAAAACAGGUGGCUUGUUUCGUCUAGCCGUUAAGCUGAUGCAGGCCGAAUCGCCCGAGAAAGGCCGAAUAGACUGUGUGCCUCUGGUCAACUUGAUGGGUCUGGUGUUCCAAAUAUGCGACGACUACCUCAACCUCUCUUCCAGCGUCUACACCAAGAACAAGGGCCUAUGCGAGGAUUUGACGGAAGGCAAAUUCUCUUUCCCAGUUAUCCACUCGAUCAGGAGUAACCCGUCAAACCUACAGCUCAUCAACAUCCUCAAGCAGAAACCCAGUGACGUGGAGGUCAAAAAAUAUGCCGUCCAGUACAUGGAAGGUACCGGCAGUUUUGAUUACACGAGGAAGGUCAUCCAGGAACUGAAACAGAAAGCCUCGAUCUUGAUUGCGGAAAUGGACGGUGGUUCGGGGAAAGGAAACGAGGUGAAACUCAUACUGGAGAAGAUGGAUUUCGAUCGGUAA